AACAAUAGCUUAAUCUUAUUUAUUGAAAAUGAAGUUUACUACUAUUGAUGCUGUUACUGCCAAGACGUGUUUGCUCUUCUUAAUGCUUAUAAGUUUUGUCGCAGCUAAAGUGGUUGCUUCAGAGUAUCAUCACCAUGAAGAAGAAUGCAAGAAAGAUGAUCCUAACAGUUGCAGUGAUAGCCACAAAAACUGGGAUCACGGAUCUAAAGAACAUAGAAAUUGGGACCAUGAAUCAAAGGGACAUGAAGACUGGAAUCAUGGGUCUCAAGAACCUAAGAGCUGGGACAGCGAAUCCAAAGACCAUGACAAUUGGAACAAUGGAUCCAAAAACCAUGAUGAUUGGAACAAUGGAUCCAAAAACCAUGAUGAUUGGAAACAUGAAUCAAAAAAGGAUGAAAAAUGGCAGCAUAGCACAACUACUGCUCAUCAAGAAUUGCCUUCUACCAUUUCCGGUGCUCCAUGGUCGACUUCCACUUUUGUUUCUCUUACUUCUGCUUCUUCAACAUUUGCUUCUUCAACAUUUGCUUCUUCAACCAACAUGUUGCCAACCAAAAUCUCUUCAACUAUGAUUCCUACAAAACCUGUACCUGAUUUUCCUACUCCUUCUAACGGUAAUGGUCAACCUAACUCAGCAAACACCAACUUCAUGGGUGCUUCUAUUGUAUUAGCUGCCGUCAUGUUUGCGUUGGCUAUCAUAGUCUGAUUAUUUGCUUUGUUCUAGUAUUUUACCAAGUGUGUACCUCCAACCACAUGAUCUAAUAAAACAAUACUUUUACUUGUCUAAUACACCACUUUUCCCCUUGUUUUUAGACAGCUCAUUAAUUAGGAUUUUUGGUUGCUCU